UUCAAGGUUGGAGAUAUGGGAAACACAGAGAGUGCUGUGGUGCAGAAGCGACUGGCCCAUUUCCGCCCUGAGGAUCAGUCUUUGCUUGAGGGGACCUUCGACAAGCUCCAAGGAGCCAAAACGUCCACAGAAAAGGCAAUAACACUUGAGAUGUUACAGGCCUCGAUGGGUUGCGUGGUGUCAGACUCCAUGGUGAAGAGGGUCUACCGGUGCAUGUGUAGCAUCGACGGCGGCCUGGCGGCCUCCACGUCCUCGGGGAUGUCCGUCUCCUCUGCAGCUUCAGGGGUGAGCCGAGAGCAGCUUCUCAUCUUCCUGGCAGACAUCCUGCGAGGCACCGCAGAGAAACGGGCUCCUCUGGUCAUGGCCUUGUCCCAGGACGGAGCAGGGCCGUCGGUGCAUGUCACGUGUCAGCAGGUGGCAGAGUUUGUCCAGGAUUUGAUCUCUGCUGUGGUUCAGGUUCUGGUCCACAGAGGGCGGCUGCAGGGCUGGGAGCCAGGGAGGAUGGGUGACACCUCGCUGGGCGUUAAACUCCUGGCAGAACAGAUGUGUUCUGAACUCAGGCCUUCAGACCAGGGCUGCUGGGAUGUGUCCUGUUUGGAGGACUGGAUCUUCAGAGUCCCUCAAGUGUCCCUGUACUUGGAGACGCUCGUCUCUGAGGGUGUGAAUAUUUCUCUGAGCUGCCGCUCAGCCGUCACUCUGCUGCCCGCCUGCACCGACACGCCAUGGAACGAGCUGCGCUGCCUGCUGGACCCGCCCACCGUCAUGUUUCUGACAACGCUGUUGCCGGACGGAUUCAGAUCUCCUUGGAGACUCAUGUUUUCCACACAAGUGCACGGCGAGAGCUUCUCAAGGAUGACAGCUGGCCUUGUGCACCAUGGGCCGACAGUGCUCGUCGUGAAAGACACAAAGGGACAUGUUUUUGGGGGCUUUGCCUCUCAUGCCUGGGAAGUCAAACCACAGUUCCAGGGUGACUCCAGGUGCUUCCUGUUCACGGUGUUCCCCAGGCUCAGAGUUUAUACCCCCACAGGAUACAAUGAACACUUCAUGUACCUCAACCACGGUCAGCAGACCAUGCCCAACGGACUGGGGAUGGGCGGUCAGCUCGACUACUUUGGGCUGUGGCUGGAUAGUGAUUUUGGCCAUGGUCAUAGCCGAGCACAACCCAAGUGCACCACCUACGGCAGCCCACAGCUCUCUGGAGAUGAGGAGUUUAUCUUGGACUCGGUGGAAGUGUGGGCUGUUGGAAAACCUCCAGAACCAGAGGAAAGUUGUUUUCUGAUCAUUUCUCUUGAAGAGCCAAACAGCAACAAAAGCAUCCUGGACAGAGAUCUAGAGAUCCAGGCCAUGAUGAAGAUAAGAGGGAAGCCCCUGCACAGCCAGGGCCUGAGGGAGCCGGACCAGGAGCCCGAGUAGCAGCAGACAGCAGGAGAAGACGCUGGUCUGAAAGCUGUUUCUCACUUUUUAGAGUCUGUUUAGGAACAUUUUUAGGUUAACCUGAUUUGAAUGUCAGUCAGAGGACUCAGCAACCGACACUCAAUUAAAACACACACACGCUAAAUGGGAUCCACAUACACAGAUACACAUUAACACACACAGAUACAGAUACACAU